AUUCAAUGAAGAAGGCAUUUGAACAAACACCAUAUAAAGAUGAUCUUGGUGUCUUACAGCAUUUUGAAAAACAUAUUGAUGAUUGUGCAGACAAAUGGAAAGGAGCUCAGCAUAAUGUUUAUUAUGCGCCGUAUACUGUUCUCUUCCAAGGAUCUGGGACUGGAAAGUCUAGACUUCUUUAUCAGCUUGCACAAAAUCGCUUUGUUUUAUAUUUGUCCUUUCGUGAGCAUUCUAGCUCAGGAAUUCCACCAGCAACAGACCUUUUUCGCAAUUACUUUCUCAUAAUCAAGGGAAAUGCAAUGGUUAAUGCAGUGGCAUUUUUCUAUAGCUGCAUGGAAUUUAUUGGUGAAAAGACCAUUGAAGAUUGGAAUCGUCAACAGCACUCUGACAAAUUUGAAUUAGACAUUGUAAACAGAGCUUCACAUUUAGUAGAAUGCUGGAAAGAUAGUUUAAGUCAGGUAGAGAAUCAAGAAGCUGUGGAAUGGUUUUGUACAAAAGAAAUUGCAAGAGUUUGGGGAAAAGUUGAAACCCAUUUAUCAAAUACUGUUAAAACAAAAGCAAAACUUGUAUUUGCAUUUGAUGAAUCACGAUCUUUGCUACAGAUAUCAGGAGAAAAUAUACAGUUUAUUCACAUUUGCCGAGCCUUACGUUGUCUUCCUUCAGGAAUUUUUGCCAUAUUUGCUGAUACCAUUUCAAACCUCACUAAUUUUGCACCAUCAGCAUCUUUGGAUCCUUCAGCUCGAUUAUAUUUACGUCAGAAUAAACUUUUCCCACCAUUUUAUUUUAUGGCUACAUUUGAUUUAUUUACUAAAACAAACUCAAGUUCAAAUCAAUUAUUAAGCUUACAAGAACUGUUUGCACUUGGACGACCUUUAUGGGGUGCAGCUUUGAACAAUGAUGCCAAUAUCAAUGACCUUUUGAAUCUGGCAGAGCAAAAACUUUUAGGUGGAGGUAUAACAAUGGGUGAUUGGCUUAAAAAACCAACCUUCUCUUCUGCCCUUGCUGUUUUAUGUUCCCGUAUCACACUUGAUGUAGCAGCUGAGUCACGUAUUGCUUCAGAACUAGUUUCUGGAUUCAUGGGGAUAUGUGUUCAUGUUUCGGAGGAUCGAAGUCGACUAUUGGUAUUCUAUCCAUCUGAACCAAUAGUUGCUGAGGCUGCUGCAUCACUUAUGCGACAUGACAAUGUGUUCAGAAAAUUACUCAACUUUUUACUGGAUGCACUACAUACUGGGUAUGUGGAACCUGGUUAUCGUGGGGAAUUGGUUGCCCGUCUACUUUUGAUGAUUGCUUGGGAUCAAGCUACUGGAAUGAAGGAUUUCUUGACAUCUCUUUUUGGCCAGGAUAACUAUAACAAUAAUAUUCAAGACCUCCCCCAAAAGCUUGCAGAUGGCUUACUUGCAUUUACACAUUUUAUUCCACUUACUUACACCCCAACCCAGAUAGAAUUGAAGAGUUUAUUCAUUCGUUUUGCAGCUGUUAUAUGUAAGCGUAACCAAGCAGGAGUUGACUUGAUACUUCCAGUUCUGUUGGAUUGGGAUGGAUCUAAUACUAUAUCACUUGAUUCAAUGUCUUACUUUCUGAUCCAAAUCAAGAAUUGGAAUCAGUUUUAUGAUGAUGAUUGGCCUGCUUUGGCUACAAGUAAACUCUCACAAGAAUAUGUCUUCAAAGGCAGGAUUACAGGGGAAAAAGGCAACCCAUACUUAUCUUUAUAUCUUCAACUUGGUGCUCCAAUACCAGAAUUGCGAUCACUCCAUGUUGAAAACUUGCCAAGCUCAAACACAAGAUCAAAAAAGAGGGCACAACUUAAAGAAUAUGGGAAACAAUAUUGUCUAUCUGCAUUUGGGUUGGAUAAGUCUGUAUAUCAUUGUUUGGACAAAUGGAGUGAUGAUGAUAUUGGUAUAUUGAAACAGCUCUUGCAUGCAUGGCCUGAUCCUGUGAAUCUGACCACACAUGAAGAUGUUAAAUUAUUAAUAAAAUCAAUGAUGCCACUUGUGUAUCAGGAAGACAGGGGCAUCUAA